AUGAGUUCCGUUUUCUUUCGACGCCCUUCCGAUGGAAGCUCCUCCUCCAGCUCAGAAAAUGACAGCUCAGAGGAAGAUGAGCACUCUACACAACAAGUUCACGAAAGUGUUGGGGAAGGCCCGACAUCUAUCACAGAAUCACUGUCAAGCCAUGGCAGUGUAUCAUUUGGAGACGAGGUGGAUGCCCCGGCCAGUUCUUUUUCAAAUGUCGAACAGCACCGGACCAACCUGCUCAGCGCUCUUCUGGAGGACUUUGCCCGGAACAGAGCAUGCGAGAUCAUGAACAAUGCAAGGCCAGGAUCCAGAUUCACCAGACUCUCGGCGGAAGUCCAGCCACUGGCAGAAAAGUUCUACGAGCAACUGAGUCAAUCAUUAUCUCUGACUGGCAUCCUCCCGGCCAGCAAUGACAGGGGCAACCAGCAAACACGAGCGGCAUACCUCGCCGGCAUCGAAAGUCUUGCCCUCGGGGGCGUACAGAGCCACGAUCUUCUCCACGGGCCAGCUCGGAAUCAGCUUCCAUUACUUGAACAUCAGCCGGCGGUGAACACCGUCAACAAUCAGCCCCAGAGUCUCUUACCCAAUUUGCUCGGAUCGCCUGUAACAAGUCUCUCUUUCCAUGAUCAGACUCUUUUGUCACCUUACCGGGACUUGAUGUUAUCUGUGGCCUCGACCCGUCGCAGUCACUACGAAUCCAGCUUUCAGCAACUGAGAUUGCUCGGAAAAGGGGGAUUUGGGAGAGUAUAUCAUGCUUACAACCUAUUUGAUAAGAAGGAAUACGCUGUCAAGAAGAUUCCUUUAAGCCCUCGGCUAUCGCAGCGGUACCGAGAGUCUGGACACAAAGAGCUGGAAAACAUAUUGCGAGAAGUACAAGCUUUGGCGCAGUUGGAGCACAACAACAUUGUCCGUUAUCAUGCGACCUGGAUAGAGGAGCCGAGGAGAGCAUCUGAUGCUGUAUACCAGCCUGGAAAACAAACCCUCACAGUUCAAGGCAGGAAACUCAUUGCUGACCGCCCAAGACAUCCCCAGCCAACGAAUCGAAAUGCUCCAACAAGAUUGCCAGAGUCAGAUCGCGGCGAUGGUAUCAUCUUCGGCUUUGACAGUAGACCGAACACUCCUGUUCAGGAUAUGGAAAGCGCCGCCACUCCUACGCGAUCCGCCAGUGAGACCGAUAACGACCAAUCCUCCGCACGGGCUUCUGAAAUCUUCACAGAUGGCAACGCAAGGGCCAGCAUUUCGAAAGAUCCAGCCAUGGAUGAGUCAGUGUAUGUGCUACACGUGCAGAUGUCAGUAUAUCCCAUGACACUCGCACAAUAUUUAGCACCAGCACCAGCCAAUGCAAGAAGUGCUCCCGGCAACCCCGUUCGCAGACACUGUUUCCACCUGGUACCAGCCUUACGAUUGCUCAUGGGUAUCCUGUGUGGUUUGCAGUACAUUCACGCGAAGGGACUGGUGCAUCGUGACAUCAAACCUUCCAAUAUCUUCAUCUCAAGCUUGAGCAUUCCCAUGGUAGGGCUGGUGUCAGACGGAUAUUACGAGGUUGGAUCCUGCGUCGGCUGCGCAAAUCCUAGCGCAUAUUACGUUAACCCACGGAUUGGCGAUUUCGGACUUGUUGCGCAGUUGGCUAGAGAGGGUGACGUCGAGACCAGCAACAACGGCGGCAAGACCAGCAAAGGGGUGGGCACAGAAUACUAUCGACCUCCGCGGUGGAUUGACUCAGAAGGCAGGGCAAAGUCGAAUCCAGACGUGGAUGAGAAGGUGGACGUGUUUGCGCUUGGUGUCAUUUUUGUUGAAUUACUGUGGCCCUGCCUGACCAGCACAGAGCGCAUCCAUGUCCUGCGGGACCUGCAGAAGGGCAGGACGCCAACUGGCCUGGCUGAGAAAAUUGACAGUGAAGGACAUGAACCCGGCACAGGCCAGAGUGUGGUUCAAUGCAUAUCCGGAAUGCUCGAACGAGAUCCGCGGCGCCGAUGGGGAUGUGAGGGGGUGAAGCAGGAACUGGACAUGUUACUGAGCAGGUCUAAGACCUUGGUGGUCAAUCACGGUAGUAACGGAGGCGUUCGUGGAAUCGACGGCGCCGACAUGAGAAAAGUCCACAGUUUAAGUGAGGCGGGUGGAGAGGCAGAUGGACAGGCGGAAGAAUUGCUCCUAAGAUGA